AUGAAAUCCUCGGUUUUCGUCCUGGCCAUCCAUGCCAUCUUAGUCGCCUCACAAGCCGACCCCGCCGCUUGGGCCAAAUAUGACCACUGCCCAACCACCCCCUCAGCAGGUUGUGCAUACAUAUGUAUCUCAGUGGGCAACGAUCCGUUCUGCGCAGCCAACGACCCGCUCACACCCCGCGUCUACUGUAAUGCAUGUCCGACCACAGGCGAUUCGUGUCCUGCGAUAUUCGAUAGGGAUUGCAGUUACCUCUGCGCAGACGGCAGUUAUCCCGACAUGAGGAGGUGUACGAGGGAGUUACCUGCGGGAGCGCAGAAUGUGCUUUGUGCUGGAUGUGCCGGAGCACCUGGGGUUGGGGGUUAUGGUACUACUGCUACUGGUACCAAAACGGUUACGGUUACGGCUACGACUAUUAGUACUUAUGUCAGUAAGGAUGUUAGUACUGUACAUGUUGUCAGCAAGGAUGUUAGUACUGUACAUGUUAUCAGUAAGGAGGUCAGUACUGUUACUGCGACUGUUUCUGGGGCUGGCAGUGGUGGUGGUGGUGGUUUAGAUUAUACGGCUUCGACUACGCAUACUGGUGCUCCCUCUGCGACGACGUCUGGGAUAUAUGAGACUACGAUUUCGACCGCUACGAUUCCAACGCUCUCUGUUCCGCCGGUGCUGCCGACUUAUAGUCCAUCUGGAAAUGGGACGAGUGGGAAUGGAACUGCAACGAUCGGAUUACCGCAUCCAACCUACAUUUCGGGGAGUUCAAGGAUGAUUAUCAAUUUUGGAGCAAGCACAAUUAUAGGGUUUCUUGGGCUUUUGGGGAUCAUUUCUGGGUGGUAUAUAUAA